AUGAAAAUAUUGUAUUUGAUCUGUCUAAUAUAUUUUGGACAGAGCUUAUCAGUGUAGAUAACCUAAAAGCCUGCAUGCUUCUAUGUUAAAUCAUAUACAGGCAAUACUUAAUUGACAGUCAAUUAUUAAAUAUCAGGAGUUGAUGAAAAUAAAACAGAAAUCACAAUUGAAUCAGAAAAUGGAGACAAAUUAAUAAAGAAAUCAAAUACAAAAGAAGGAGCACUGAAGUAAAUGUUAAGAGAAAAGGGCACUUAUUAUAUCUGUUUCAAAAGUUUGUCUAAAGGCUAUAAGACUGUGAGUUUUGAUUUCGACAUGGAAGGCGUAGAUAAAGAAUAUGCAUAAUCAGAGCAAUUUAGCGAUAUGUCCAAAGAGUUGUCAAGGACUAACAGAAACUUUUAGACCAUUUAUAGAAAUUAGAAUUGGAUUACUGAUAGAGAAAACGCUCAUUAAAUGCUUUUGGAAUAAACAUAAUAAAAUGUUAAAUGGUGUGCUUCUGCUAAAAUAGGAAUAUUAUUAAUAAUAGCUAUAACUUAGAUAAGUGUUGUAUAUUAUUUUUUUAAAGGUAAAGAUUUUAGUGGAAGUGUAUGA